AUUUCCCGGAAUAUCGAUUGCAAAACCCAAAAAGUUGUUCCUGUUCUGUGAAACAGAAAGUUAAGCAGGGUUGUAUUUAAAACCACAACCGAUCAGGACUGUGAGCUCAGACAACGGGAGAAAGGAUUCCACACCAAUACUGAACUGUAGUCUAACAGGUCGACCAUGCCGGAAAGUCAUCUGAUGGGCUUUUUAGUCCUCUUUUUCUCAAUCCUUCGUACUGAAUCAACUAUUGGAAUUCUCAACUCAAUCAACGACCUGAAGAAAAUCCCCUUCGGUCAAUCGGUGCCCAAGCAAAGCCUUCCGCUGCUCCACUUUUUUGCCAGCACCAUAGAAUUUGACAACAACGACUUGAUAGAGCUGACCUUUGAACCAAGCAAUGGAGACUAUGGCACUCAUCACUAUGGAAACUAUGAGGGAGUCCUGGAUCGACUGCCACCCGGCCAGCAGUACUACACCCUCGGCAACAUCAACCCCAUGAUCAACAAUAACGGAAUCUCUUUGCCCUCUUAUGUCGCGGGUCACGUAAACCAUCUGUUGGGGGGUGAGGAACUCAACAGGGCCCGCAUCAUAUUCUCGCUCUUGGACCAGGACACCAUCGGUCAGGUGUUCAUCACACAGCACUACGAGGCCAAUCAGGGUCUGGGGACUGGGUACGACCCAGUGCACACCUACCGGAUCAGCAUCAACCUCUUGAGGGAGCUCAGAGUCUUCUCCUUGGACCGAAGACAACACUCUGAGCUGUCAGAGAUCGGAGGCAACAUCGGAAGCGGCAUCACUGACCACGAACUUUCGUCUGUAAGAAACACGUGGGGCCAGCUGGCGUGUGUUGGACUGCUGUUGUUCAUUGUGAUCAACGAGAGGAAUUCCCCUUGCAGUCCAAACAGAGCUCGAGAACCGAAGCGUCCUCCAAAAUGUAACGUUCGAGAACCGAAGCUUCCUCCCAAAAGAAACGUUAGACAACCGAAGCUUCCUCUGAAACCCAACGUUCGAGUACUGGCGAGUCCUCCGAAACGUAACGUUCGAGCAAGUGUUACUCCGCACAUAUCUGUGAAUAUUCCAGAGAACGACAUCAACCUCAGACCACCAAACCAGGACUGGGACAUUUUUCAAUGUUGCUAUAAAUGUUGGUUUGUGUUCAAGAUAUGCGGACUAAUAGUAGGAGUAGCAAUAGUAAUAAGCAUAAUAAUAAUAAUAUGCAAGUACCUACCUUAAUUUAUAGAGCACCUUUCGAAAGCAGAUUACAAAGUGCUUGACAGAAUAGAAUGAAACCAGAAUUGGAGAAUAGAAUAGCUGAAACCCUAACCCUAAGUACAGAAUAAAUAAGAAUAAAUACAUACAAUCAUAGAACUAAAUAUAAAUAUUUGGAGAUGUAGGGCAGUGCUAGACCAAGCCUAGCUUUAGAGGUGAUGACAGUAGAGGUGAGAGCUGGCCCCCUUGGGAAGGCCAAGGUUCACUGGAGUGGAGUUCCACGCCAUACCCUUCACGGUGGAGUGAUGUCGGUGCUCUACAAGAACCACCGGGACACCAGUGGGAUCCUUCACUAAAGUACUGGGCCAUCUUGGGGAACCUGUGAAACAUCGGUUCCACUAAACAAAAGCCAUGGGGUUAGGCUCCACAAAGACAUACGUUUUUUGCCUUUUCUUUCCCAGGCAAUAUAUUAAC